GUCCCGAGAUGUUGACAGAUUAGAUCACACUUUUCUUACACUCUUCUCCUUCUUCAUUUCCCGAUCAUCAUAAAAAACAACAACAAGAAACUCCGUGAUCCGGAAAGACUCUUACCGGUAAAAUCUUUAUUUUUUAUUUGCAAUGGCGAUAUAUAGUGUAAUUAUUCAUCCAUGUUUAUUGGAAAUCCCUAGAUUGAAAACCAUAAAAUCAAGUCGUUUGAAUUAUCAUGAUUCUAAGUUAGGUUUGAAGUAUGAUCGUACCAAAUUCGGCUGGAAGAAUGAUGGAAGAAGAAGUUUUUGUAAUAACUAUAGUAGAACUCAUAGAAUCUGUGCUAGUUCUUCUUCUACAGAUGCAGCAACUCUCGUUGAAAAUUCUGAUACUACAGAGUUUUCGUUUAAGGAGACGUUUUUGCUGAAGCGAACUGAAAUUGUGGAGGGAAAGGUUUUUGUGAGAUUGAAUCAAAGAAAAAAGGAUGAUAAGAAUUUCCAGCUAAUAGUAGGAUGUAAUAUUCCUGGGAAAUGGAUUUUGCACUGGGGUGUAACUUAUGUUGGCGAUUCUGGAAGUGAUUGGGAUCUACCUCCACCAGAAAUGAGACCUAAUGGUUCGGUUUCAAUUAAGGAUUAUGCAAUAGAGACUCCUUUGAUGCAGUUAUCGUCACAUGUGGAAGGAGAGACACUCUAUGAAAUUCAAAUUAAUAUCAAACGUAACAGCUCGAUUGCAGCAUUAAAUUUUGUUUUGAAGGAUGAGGAAACUGGGUCUUGGUUUCAGCACAGAGGCAGAGAUUUCAAAGUGCCUCUUCAGGACUUCAUUUAUGAAGAUGCCAAAACUGACACAGGUGCAAAGAAAGGCUUCAGUAUAUGGCCAGGAUAUUUUGAUCAACUAUCAUCCAUGCUUGUUAAGGCCGAAGAAUCUCAAUCCAUCGCGCAACAAAACAUUGAUGAAGUCGAAGGCCAAAAGCAACAUAAUAAACGUAUGGAAGGAGUCUGUGGAGAACAUAUCAUAUCUAAAGAAGUUUAUUUUCACAACAUUCUCAGUGUUUCUGUUUGGAAGUGCUCCGAGGGUGAUAAAAAUUUUGUGCAUUUAGACACUGAUCUACCUGGAGAUGUUGUUGUUCACUGGGGAGUCUGCAGAGAUCAUCCAAAAAGAUGGGAAAUUCCUCCUGCCCCCCAUCCAGCAAAUACCAUUAUCUUCAAAGAGAAGGCUUUGCGAACUUCAUUACAGCCGAAAGAGAAUGGACGUGGAAGUUCGGGAUUGUUCUCCUUAGAUGCAGAACUUAUGGGGCUGGUUUUUGUACUGAAGCUAAAUGAUAAGAGUUGGCUGAAAUAUAUGGAUAAAGAUUUCUAUAUUCCGCUUUCUAGUGGCUUGCAAAACCAAACUAACCAGGACGAAACUGGAGGGCAUCUGAAGCAAGAUGUCUCUGGUUCUUCAAGGGUUGAAGAGUCUACUGGUCUUACAAUUGAAAAGCCUGCCGAGGCAAAUGAUGCAGUUGCAUAUACUGCAGGAAUCAUCAAUGAGAUAAGGAAUUUGGUUAGUGGCAUUACUUCUGAAAAGGGUCGGAAAACAAAAUCAAAAGAGUUGCAUGUAAAUAUCCUUCAAGAAAUUGAGAAAUUGGCUGCAGAAGCCUAUAGUAUCUUUAGAACUGCUUCUCCGACAUUUUGGGAGGAGGUUACUUCAGAUACUGAGACAUCGAAGCCUCCUGUAGAACUGUGCUCAGGAACAGGGUCUGGUUAUGAGAUACUGUGCCAAGGAUUUAACUGGGAAUCCCAUAAAUCUGGAAAGUGGUACAUGGAGCUCAAUGACAAAGCUUCCGAGUUAUCUUCACUUGGUUUUACUAUAAUAUGGUUGCCACCUCCUACAGAAUCCGUUUCACCUGAAGGUUAUAUGCCGAAGGAUCUAUAUAACUUGAAUUCCAGAUAUGGAAAUAUUGAGGAUUUAAAGGUGCUUGUGAAGAAAUUUCAUGAAGUCGGGAUCAAAGUUCUCGGAGAUGUAGUCUUGAAUCAUCGAUGUGCUCACCAUCAAAACCAGAAUGGUAUUUGGAACAUUUUUGGCGGUCGACUGAAAUGGGAUGAUAGCGCCGUUGUUGCAGAUGAUCCACAUUUCCAGGGCAGGGGUAAUAAGAGUAGUGGAGAUAAUUUCCAUGCUGCUCCUAACAUUGAUCAUUCUCAAGAGUUUGUGAGGAAAGAUCUUAAAGAGUGGCUCAACUGGCUAAGGAAAGAAAUUGGGUAUGAUGGUUGGAGGCUAGAUUUUGUUCGGGGAUUCUGGGGAGGUUAUGUCAAGGACUAUUUAGAAUCGAGUGAACCCUACUUUGCGGUUGGCGAAUACUGGGACUCUCUCAGUUAUACAUAUGGGAAAAUGGAUCAUAAUCAAGAUGCUCAUCGGCAAAGAAUUAUUGACUGGAUAAAUGCUACCAAUGGAACUUCUGGGGCAUUUGAUGUCACCACCAAGGGGAUCCUUCAUUCUGCACUCGAGGGAUGUGAAUAUUGGCGACUAUCAGAUGAAAGCGGAAAACCACCUGGGGUUGUUGGGUGGUGGCCUUCACGAGCUGUUACCUUUAUAGAGAAUCAUGAUACUGGCUCUACUCAGGGUCAUUGGAGAUUCCCACGUGGUAAGGAAAUGCAGGGAUAUGCCUACAUCUUGACACACCCUGGAACACCCUCAGUCUUCUUUGAUCACAUUUACUCCCAUUACAUGCCAGAAAUUUCGGCACUGAUAUCCCUUAGAGACAGGAAAAAGCUACAUUGUCGGAGUACUGUUGAAAUAACCAUGGCGGAAAAGGAUGUGUAUGCUGCGAUAAUUGAUGAGAAUGUUGCAAUGAAGAUUGGACCUGGGAAUUAUGAUCCUUCUAGUGAGUCCAAGAAUUGGGUGUUAGCGGUGGAGGGAUCAGACUACAAGGUUUGGGAAACAUCAUGAUAAAACACAUUCAAAUUUUCCUUCACAUAGGUAAAAAUUUUAAACGUCUUGAGAUUGCUGAUGGCAGUCAAAACCACAAAAGGAUACAAGCAAAUGCAUUCCCAAAAUAACAAGUUAGUGUUGUAAUAGCAUGUUUUGUAUGUUUCAGUUUUAGUGUGUAUAUAAAUAAGAUUAGCAUAACCUAGCAAACACUACAUGAACAGUGGAACCAAUAGAAUUACAUUUAAGCUACAGAAUGUAAAUCUGUAUUGUAUUAUUGUUGAGUGCCAAUAACAGUUCCCUUUUCUGGCCCCUCAGACUUAGAUCCAACUAUGAGGUUUAAGUUAAUAUUGAGUAUUCAUAUUUGGAUAGAAAUAAAUUGCACUUUCUUCA